CAGACCCGGGCUCGUGCACUCAUUCACAGCAACGCCAGUCUUCACCGCGCUGGAGUGUGAGAUCGCAGAGAGACGCGGGGCAGCACGCAUCUCUCUCUCACACGCACGCACGCACACAGACACGCGCGCGCGUAUCACACACAGCCAUGAAGCACGAGGGCAUCGACGGCAUUGAAUCUUUUGAAAGCCCGGGAAAGGGCAGGGGUCUGCGAGCCACGAGACCCUACAGGAUCGGGGAGCUGCUCUUCUCGUGCCCCGCUUACUCGCACGUGCUUUCGGUCAGCGAGAGGGGCUACAUCUGCGAGCACUGCUUCACAAGGAAAGAGGGACUUGCUAAAUGCGGAAAAUGCAAGAAAGCAUUCUACUGCAAUGUGGAAUGUCAGAGAGGAGACUGGGCCAUGCACAAGCUGGAAUGCUCAGCAAUGUGUGCAUUUGGGGAGAACUGGUGUCCAUCAGAGACGGUCCGACUGGUGGCCCGGAUCAUUGCCACACUGAAAGUUCAGAAAGACAGGAGUGCAUCAGAGAAGCUGCUGCUGCUGAAGGACAUGGAGGCCAACCUGGAUAAGUUGGAUAAUGAGAAGAGGGAAAUGAAUGAAGCAGAUAUUGCUGGUCUGCAUCACUUCUACUCUAAACACCUGGAUUUCCCUGACCACCAAGCCCUGCUUACUCUUUUUGCUCAGGUGAACUGUAAUGGCUUCACAGUGGAGGAUGAGGAACUGUCACACUUGGGCUCAGCAGUGUUUCCAGAUGUUGCUCUGAUGAAUCAUAGCUGUUGUCCAAAUGCCAUAGUCACAUACAGAGGGACGUUAGCGGAGGUGCGGGCUGUGCAGGACGUCGGCCAGGGAGACGAGAUAUACACCAGCUAUAUAGACCUGCUCUACCCAACAGAAGACAGGAUUGAGAGGCUCAGAGACUCCUACUACUUCAGCUGUGGCUGCAGAGAGUGCAAAACCAAAUCCAAGGACAAGGCUAAGAUGAAGCUGAGAAAGCUGAGUGAUGGACCCCGUCCACAGGAGGUCAGGGAAAUGGUUCGCUAUGCUCGGACUAUCAUCGAUGACUUCCGCAGAGCCAAACACGAGAAAACCCCUGCUGAGCUGCUGGAGAUGUGCGAGCUGAGCAUGGAUAAAAUGGGUGCAGUGUUUGAUGACGCUAAUGUGUACAUGCUGCACAUGAUGUACCAAGCCAUGGGGGUGUGUCUGUUCAUGGAGGACUAUGACAGCGCCUUGAGCUACGGCGAGAAGGUCAUCAAGCCAUUCAGUCAGCUGUAUCCAGCCUACUCCCUGAAUGUCGCCUCCAUGUACCUGAAGCUCGGGAGGCUCUACGUGGCUCUGGGCCAUCCGUCUGCAGCAUCUACUGCCCUCAAAAGGCUCUGGACAUUAUGGAGAUUGUUCAUGGGAAGGACCACAGUUACGUAAAGGAACUUCAGAAAGAGAUAACUCGGCAGAAAUAAGCACACACACACACACACACACACACACACACACACACACACACACACACACACACACGUCUUCCACAGACUGUUCAGUAUAAUAGUGUAUUUAGCUGUGUGGCUUUGAGAGCUGAAGCUGAUGUUAACAGCUUAUAAACACUUUCAUACUGAAAUGGUCAUUUGUUCCCCAGUCCAGUUCAUUUGUUCAUUUGAAGUGUCCUCCAUUUGUACAGUGGCACAAAAAAGUUAUUUGUGUUGUAUAAGCGGUAGGUAACAUUGACACAUUGCUAAACAAUUAAUUAAUUAAUUCAGUUUAUUACCAGCCAAUAUCACUUCCUCUGUGGUCAUUAUGAGUUUCCUUGCUCACACAUUCAAAACCUCCACUUGAUAAUAUAAAAGUGAAAAGGAUGUUUGUGUUGCAACUUGUUUUUGCAUAUUUGCUGUAAGCAUUUUUUAAAAGAUGUGUGUUUUUAUUUAUUUACAUGUGUUUUGUUAAUAAUUUGAGAUUUGCACUCAUCUUUUU